AUGACCUCCGCCAGUACAAGGAUAGUAGCCUCUCCAAUAGCUCUCAGACUGUCAACCUCUUCCCGCCCUGACACCGUGCAAGAACUGGCGGAACUUAUACAAUCCCAUAACGUGACCUACAUACGCGGUCCGCCAAAGUCAGGCAAGACCGAGCUGGCCUUGCUUUUACGUCACCACCUUAAAGAAAGUGGUCGAUCGGUCAUUUACCACAAUGAUUGGCCUCCUCCUAAUAAGGAUCCUAGAGAUACAAGGACUGCUUGUGGCAUGCUGAUUGAACAUGCUCAAGAUGAAGGCCAUGAGAUCGGCCACACAGAUAUGUUCUGUAUGGACGUCUUUUGGAUACUGGACAAUGUGCACCACACCUAUCAUGAGGAGACUUUUUGGACUGGCUUUAUACGUGGCUUCCCAAACACUCGAUACAACGGCGUCUGCCUGCUUGCGCAACAGGGAGAUCCCUAUUUCGGUAUCGACGUUUUAUCCUUUGACCCCUUCGCUUCCCAUGAUCAGGCCUGGUUCCAAAUGCAGCAGCGUGUGUCGAUCGUCCCGAAGUUUGACACGCCAAAUUCGCCUCAAUUCGGUCUGUACUUUACCCGCUCGGAAUUCAAUGACUAUGUCCAUCGCUUCUGUGGACACCACGCUUCCACCCUUUCCCUGAGUGAUUCUGCUUCCGACUUUGUUUUCAACUUGACAAGGGGCCACCCUUCGGCAGUUGCCGCCGUACUGGUCGUUCUGCAACAGGUUGUGGAUCUGUCCCGCAACGUGAAGGAUAGCUGUCCUUUCGAAAAGAGCAGAAUCCAGGAAUUUCUAGAUGGUAAGCACAGAGAGUUCUUCCUCGGCCUCCGCAACACUCCGUUUGGGGAGACCUUGCCCAGCAGUGCAACGCUUGACCAGCCCAGCAUUGCUUGUCUCCGCGAGGUCGUGCUUAAGGGGAGCAUUCCUUGGAAGUCGUUGGAUGGCGGCACACGGCGUUGUGUUCAGGAAGGUUGGCUCUAUACCGACUUUCCAGGUGUUCGUACAUGUCCAGACGAUCUUGUCUGCACCUUUCCCACGCCACUACACGCACGGAUGACACAAUAUCUCCUGUCAACCCUUCGGAGGCAAAAGUGGAUCUCUAUGCACUAA